CGCACCUAGGCGAAGGGAAUCGAGCUGGAGCUGGAGCUCUGGGGAAGCUAGUGGACGUCCUCUGGACGCGUUAACUUCGCCUAGGGUGCCCCCUACUCUACUGCCAUGGCCUUUUCCUCUGUCCUAGGACUGGGCCGAGGGGCGGUAUUGAAGACCAUACAACUAAAAGCAUGGGGGCUUCGAGAAUUUGCUUCAACAGCUUUUCUCUCUACAAAAUCAGGAGGCAAUGAAAAGGAAAAACAAAAGAAGUCUAAAGUGCAAGAGCCACCAAAAAAUGUAGUGGCACCAAAGGAAGGGGUCAAGCCAUUACCAUCCCAAAGAGCUGAAUUUCCCAAAAAUUUAUCAUCACCUAAUUCUUAUCCAUCAGCUACUAAUAAAGACAAGACCAUAGUUAAUAUUAACUCUGAUGACAUCAAACAACAGACAGAUGAAGAAAUCGGGAAACUUUUGCCAAGAAAGACUGUAGUAGAGUUUCCUCAACGAGUUUCACCUUCUUCACUUAGAGCAAAGGAUACUUCUUUAGUAACCCACCAACAGAUCCAGAAACCAGCUGUUGAUGAUUCAUCAUCCUCUUCAUCUGACUCAGAUUCUGAUAGAGAAGAUAGUCACUCAGAAAUUGUCUUGAAACCUCAGAUUGCUGGCAUAACCAAAGGAGAGUUUCCACAAGGGAAAGCUUUUGAGACUAAGACCCAAAGAACUUUGAAAUUAACCGAGAAGACUCAGUUCCAGAAAGCACACAUGGACUCUACACAUGUGGAGAAACCUCAUCAAUCAGAGAUGAAAUUGACUGUUGAGCAAUCAGAAGCCUAUAAAGAGCCUAAAAUACCCAAAUCGGAAGUAAUGGAAUCUUUUAGUGAGCAAAGUACAAAAGAAGCACAAAUGCAAAAUACUGUAUUUAAGUUGAAUGAAAUGACUAAAGAAAGCCAAAAGCUAGUUGAUAUUCAUAGGAAGUUAUCUGACCAAAUGGAAGGAGGACCAUCAACCCAGUUAGACAUAGGAAUAAAACUGUUGAAAGAGAAGGAAGAAAACAGAGAAGAGAAACCAACAGCUGUUGAUUUUACAGCAGAUCAUUUUGAGGACAAAGACAUUUUGGAAGAACAGGUACCUAUUCCAAAUUUGGAAGCACCUCCUCCUCAGACCAAAGAAAACAUUUUAGAGGAAGGUGUGCCGGCAGGAACCACUGGUGAAAAGGAAGAAGCCUUUCAAGGGUUGGCAAUGAAGUUGAAAAAUCAAGGCAUCAUAUCGGAGACCGAAAGUGCUGAGGCAUUUGAUAAUUCUACCUACAAGAACCUUCAACAUCAUAACUACAACACUUACACCUUCUUAGAUUUUAACCUGGAUCUUUUGAAAUUUAGGUUGCCUCAGCCAUCCUCAGGACGAGAGUCACCUAGACACUGAGUUAAAAGAAAAAUUUCAAGUUUCUCUGUGAUUCAACUUGUUAGUCAUUGUUGCUGCAUUUUCUCCUCCAUAAAUAAAGUCAGUUCAGUGGUAACAGACAUAAAGA